UCACUUUUUGUCUAUUUCUUCAAACCAAAUCAAAAAUUUGUUUUGUUUUUCAACUUUUUUUUUUUGGUUUCUCAUCCUUCACUAAUAGAAAAAAGAGGGAAAAAAAUGGUGUUUUGUCAGUUACAGAGCCCUCAGCCAUGGUUGUUACCCUCUAGAAUUUCCAGGCUGACUCAGCCCUCUUAUUUUUCUGCUUCAUCCAGAACACUAGGCAUAAGAGACUCAAACAAUAUGAUACUUUUCCAGAAAUCAACAUGCAUCAUUUGGUGGAACAUUUCUUCAUCUAACAACGCAAAUAACUUUAUAUACAACGGAGGAAAACGGAAGGUUACUAUUCAAAGAGCAGCAGAUAACUUGAAGUUUGUUUCAGAUGCCGAACUCUUUAGGAAGGACCUGCAUAAUAGUUUCCAGGUGAAGGAUCAUCAUAAUAAACUGGUCACUGGAACUCUGUCAUCAUUUUUCUUACUGAGACUGAUGCAACUAGAUUUUGUUAACUCAUUAAUAAAGAUGGUCCAUGAGUUAUUUCAACAUCUACAUCAGACACCAGCAGCUACAAGUUUAACUUUUGCCUGCGUAUCUAAUUCGUUGAAUAAACCAACACCUCUAAACUUGAAUGUGUCCUUGCCUGUAAUUCAGGAUCUUCGAUGGAACAUAUCACGGUUACUGUAUUUAUUCAACAUUCAACUCGAGAAAAAUGUUGCCACGAUUCUCGUGGUUCUCCUGGUAGUAUGCUGCUCGUUUAUUGUCAUUGGUGGUUUCCUCCUCUUCAAGUUUAGGGGAAAUACACAUUCUCUAGAGGAUUGUGUCUGGGAGGCGUGGGCAUGCCUUUGUUCAUCAUCUACCCAUUUAAAACAAAGAACACGUAUUGAGCGUCUUGUUGGCUUUGUUCUUGCUAUAUGGGGCAUAUUAUUUUAUUCUCGGUUGCUGAGCACAAUGACAGAACAAUUCAGAAGAAACAUGCAAAAACUCAGGGAAGGAGCCCAAAUGCAAGUUUUGGAAUCUGAUCAUAUCAUCAUUUGUGGUUUAAAUGGUCGUCUGUCUUUCAUUCUAAAGCAAUUCGAUAGAUCUCAUGAAUUCGCUGUGCGUUUAGGGACUGCUACAGCCAGGAGGCAGAGAAUUCUUCUUAUGUCGGAUCUCCCGAGAAAGCAAAUUGACAAACUAGCUGACAACGUUGCCAAGGAUCUUAACCAUAUCGAUGUCCUUACAAAGAGCUGUAGCCUUAGUUUGACAAAGUCGUUUCAAAGAGCGGCAGCCAAUAAGGCACGCGCCAUUAUCAUCUUGCCUACAAGAGGAGACCAGUAUGGAAUUGAUUCUGAUGCAUUUCUCUCUGUACUAGCACUUCAACCUAUUCCCAAGAUCGAAUCUGUACCAACAAUUGUUGAGGUUUCAAAUUCCACUACAUGCGAGCUCUUAAAGUCGAUUUCCGGGGUGAAAGUAGAGCCAGUAGAAAAUGUUGCUUCUAAACUAUUUGUUCAAUGUUCUCGGCAGAAGGGGCUCAUUAAGAUUUAUAGGCAUUUGCUUAAUUAUAAAAAGAAUGUAUUCAAUCUUUGCCGUUUUCCUAGCCUAACAGGAUUGACUUAUAGAAAAAUAAGACGGGGUUUUCAGGAGGCAGUUGUUUGUGGUAUUUAUCGGGAUGAUCAUAUAUACUUUCAUCCAAAGGAUGAUGAAAUUCUGAAGGAAACUGACAAAGUAUUGCUAAUUGCACCUAUUCGUAAGACAUGGAAACAACAGCAGGCACUGGAGGAGGUUGGACAAGAAGAAACCAAAAGACUUCGAGGCAUGGAAGUUUUCAAAACCAUCGUUGAUACUCCCGAUCAUGAUUUCGAAUUGAGGAAAGAACAGUUUUUAAGUAUCGUAAAACGUCCCAAAAGAUUGGGAUCAAAGGCAUCAGACCAGACUCUUGGACCCACGGAAUGCAUACUUAUUCUUGGAUGGCGCCCGGAUGUUAUUCAUAUGAUUGAAGAGUAUGAUAAUUAUCUCGGCCCUGGAAGCGUGUUGGAAAUAUUAUCGGAUGUCCCAUUAGAAGAAAGGAAGAGGGCAAUCUCUGCUUCAGGUCAAGCAAAACUAAAAAAUGUCCAGGUUAUACAUAAGCAUGGAAACUCCAUGAACUAUGAUACGUUGGAGGAAACUAUAAUGAACGUACAAAAUUCUGUCGUGAAACCGAAGUCUAUUCCCUUUUCCAUUGUUGUGAUUUCUGAUAGUGAAUGGCUUCUUGGAGAUCCAUCCAGGGCAGACAAGCAAUCUGCAUACUCUCUUCUUCUUGCCGAAAACAUCUGCAACAAACUCGGAGUGACGGUGCAAAAUCUGGUUGCAGAGAUAGUCGACUCGAAAUUAGGCAAACAAAUUUCAAGAAUCAAGCCAUCUCUAACUUAUAUUGCGGCAGAGGAAGUAAUGAGUCUCGUAACAGCUCAAGUGGCCAAGCACAGUGAUCUGAAUGAGGUCUGGAAAGACGUUUUGAAUGCUGAAGGUGAUGAAAUAUAUAUGAAGGAUAUUGGUCUUUACAUGAAAGAAGGAGAGAACCCAUCAUUCUCCGAGCUAACCGAGAGGGCAUGCUGGCGUCAAGAAGUUGCAAUAGGAUAUGUGAAGGACAAUCAUAAGGUUAUUAACCCAACUCCAAAGACAGAACCUCUCUCCCUAUCAAUGACGGAUUUGUUAAUUGUCAUAUCCGAGCUCGAAGGCGAGCAACCUAUUGUAGUCUAAAAUGCAAGUAACUCCAGUCAUUCUGUUUCCC